AUGGAGAUCUCCGCCUCCGCCGCGGCGGCCGCCUCCUCCCCGCCCGCCAGGCCGCUGCUCCUGCGCCUGCUCGCCUCGUCAUCGACCCACCCCGCCACGUCCUCCUCCACCACCAUCCGCCGCCGCCCAUCCUCCUCGGCCACCGUCACGGUCCGCCGCCGCGCGCGCCCCCGCCCCCGGACGGGGCGGUCCAAGCCCCCCACCGACGCGGGCGACUACUUCUCGGGCAACGACGGCCCCGGCCUCGGAGGAUCCGGCGGCGACGGCGGAGGAGGAGGACGGUGGAACUGGAACAGCGGCUUCGGCUCCGGAUCAGAGGGCCCCGGCGACUGGGAGCCCGAUGUGCCGGCGCCCCGGAGGUCCGCGGCGGAUGCGGCGAUCGAGGUCGUCUACGAGCUCAUGUGCCUGAUCGCGCUCUCAAACUGCACCCAGUUCGCCGUCCGCAGGCUCGCGGGCCUCCUCUCCGCCCGAGUCGCCGCUCUGCGAUUCGUCCCCACCGUCUGCUGA